GCAUUUUCCGUCUAAUCGGCGUCAAAGUAUCGGGACACGAAAGUAGACGCUUAACAAAGAAUGACCCUGACGCAACCACCAACAGUGAUGUAGAUAAUAUCGUUUACUUUACCGAUAUCACUGUACAGUCCAGUAGAUCGAGAGCAAUAAUGAUGUUAUGCACAGUCCUCGUCACAGGAUCAACGGUUUUUUUCAGAUCAGACUCAACAAACGGUUUGAUUAGAAGUAUUGAAAAGUCUUGAUCAUACUAGGGGGGUGUUGCAAUUUUGGCCCCCAAAUGGCACUGCUUUCUAGACUGUUGAGUUGGCUGGUGCCGAUCUUAGUGGUCCUGUAUGCUGUAUUUUACUGGCAGGUGAUUACCAAUCGGAAGUACUUCACCAACGACGUUAAGCUCAAUGGAAAGACGACCAUUGUAACCGGAGGGAACUCUGGCAUUGGCUGGUGGACAGCUCUCGACUUUGCCCAGCGAGGCGCCCGGGUCGUCCUCGCCUGUCGCAAUCUCAAGAAGGCCGAAGAUGCUGCCAAAGAGAUCAAGAUGCGUACGGGCAACUCGGAGGUUGUGGUGCGCCACCUGGAUCUAGCCAGCCUUCAGUCUGUCAGGGAGUUUUCAAACAAGAUCAUAGAAAGCGAGGAGAGACUUGACAUACUUGUAAACAAUGCAGGUCUUGCCCGUUUGCAGCAUCGAGCCAAGGCCACGGAGGACAACUUUGACCUUGUCUUCGGCGUCAACCACUUCGGCCACUUCCUGCUGACCAACCUCCUCCUGGACCUGCUGAAAAAGAGCUCCCCCAGCCGUGUAGUCACCGUCUCCUCCUCGGGCCAUCGUUAUGCCAAGGAGCCCAUGAAUCUGACUCGCGAGGAUCCGGCCGUGGCCAGUUUGCUGUAUCCUCACUUGGAGGGUUACAAGAUCAGCAAGCUGGCCAACAUUCAGUUCGGCCGGGAGCUGGCCAGGCGGGAAGCAUCUAGCGGUGUAGUUUCUGUUUCCCUGCAUCCAGGGACCAUCUAUACUCCAAUAUGGAAAAACGCCAUGACCGAUGACACCGUUUGGUGGAAAGUUCUUUACUACAUACUCUCACCGUUAAUGUGGCUGUCUAUGAUAGACGAGGAAGCAGGUACCCAGACGACCCUCCACUGCGCCCUGGAUGACUCGAUACCUCAGCUCUCUGGCAGCUACUUUGACAACUGCCAGGUGAUGGCGCCCUCAGCGCUCGCUGAGGAUGACGAGAUGGCCCGGAGAUUGUGGCAAGUCAGCUGCGAAGCCACCGGCUUGAAAUGCACCUCAACAAAUUGAUGUAAUUUCUGCCUUUUAGAAGACCCAUUACAGAAAUAAACAUUCUAUAGGACCAGGCAAUCAAAGAGUGCGCGCGCACUGACCAAUAAUGUCGCAACUUUUGUUCCGGGGGACCACCAUAUACCUCGUUGCACACUCUCCGUCAAUUUUCACCGUAUUUUUUUUCCCUUAAAAUACCAAUUACGUAUUCACUUUAGAAUUAGACAUUGAGCAAAAAUGUGCCCUUAUGCAGUUUAUGGAAUAAUUACAUUACAAAUUGGUAAUUAUUUGCAGCUAUUAGGUUCAUGGAGGGUAGACUGGUUUCCAGCCUAUUAUUGGAUUGUUUCGUAAAAUACAACUCACUGUGGAUCCGGGGGGGGGGGGAGGCAAAGGCAAAAAAAAAGAUACACCAAUUUUCGACGUCGCAAAAAAGGCAGCAACUGCGUACACCACCCACAAAACUCAACAAAAGCAGUGCAUUUGCUCCCCCCCCCCCGCCCCUUAAUUGAAACCGAAAUUGAACCUAUUCUGGGCGAAGCCGGAGCCACAAGAUCGAUCUGCGGCAAAUUGAACACGACGUCACAUCUUUGGGGUCAUCGCCUCUUUUACAUUCAAAAUGAGUGCCAGCCUGCCAUCAUCAGACGGACGGUUUACCUUACGUUCACUUGUGGUCUACAAUAUGUGUGUAUGGUGUAAUAGACCAUAAUGAAUGCGGUAACUGCGGCCCAACCUGUUCAGUUGUAGCCUUAUUAUAUAAGUCAUGUACAUGAUGUAAAAGUCUGAUUUAAUUACUGCAAAGUGAAAUAAAGGAUUCGUACUUUGUUGAAUAUCACUUGGUGCAUGGAGCGUUUUAUAGCUGUAUUAUUAAUUAUAGCAAAUCUGUGUGCAGUACAGUGACAGUGCCAUGCAGUGUUUUAGUAUAACCAUUUGGUAUGACUCCAGUGAUCCAUUUUCCAUAACUGCAAUAAAUUAAUAGCUGGUCAGUGGAGACCAAUCAUUUGUCACAAUAUAUGGUCAUGAACCAGAGGCACGUA